AUGUUGCGGCUCACCCUUCUUAUUCUCGCGCUAGCUGGCCUCGCCAGCAGCCUGCAGGUGUCGUCGGCCCUGCGGCAGCCGGCGCUGACUCGCCGCGGCGCGGUCGGCGCUCCGCGGUUGGCGCCGGAUGUGUUCAUGAAGAGUAAGGAGGACCGGGAGUUUGAGGAGUGGGCGCGCCAGAAGAAGAUCGCGAGCGGGGUCGAUCCGGAUGAAGACUUCGGCACCGGGCGGCGGGUCGAGUCGAGCAUCUACCUCGUCGGUGGCCUGGUCACCGUCCUCGUGCCCGUGAUUGCCGGCACGUGGGCCUACAACGCCGGAUACCUCACGCCACAGUGA